AUUGGCUAUUCCCCUCCGGGGAAUUAAUACCGCGAGGAAUGCGCACGCGCUCCUAAAAAGACAUGGGAAAUAAUUGGAGGGUCGUAAAGAAUAAUUAGUAGAAAUUCCCUGUGAAGGGUUCUUUUACUAGAAAUAAGAGAUGUUUGUGAUGCUAAGGCAAUGAUCAAUUUUUAGCUGUUACUGUGAUCGAUGGUCGAUCGAUAUCGGGUUCACUCUCUACGGACUCGAUGGGGCGUUGGCACUUGCGGCUAUCACCUUUAGACGCUCUUCGAGAUGCGCAACGAAGGAGCCUCGGAUUGGUGUCGGGUGUAAAACCUGUUGGAAACGAUAAACGGCACCUGCGGUCACCUGGAGAACCAGAAGCCUGGCCACCGUCGUCCAGGCUUGACCGUUUACCACCCAACAUCCAGCAGAGAUGAAGUGGAAUGCGUUUGGGCUGAUCGCCGUCCUGGUCGCAACUGCGACAGCGGAGAAGGUCUCCUAUCAGGACUUCAAGGUCUUCAGGGUCCUGCCGAAGACGACACAGCAGCUGCAGACUCUGAGCGACCUGGAGAACCUUGGGUACUCGUUCUGGCUGGGCCCCAGCAAAGUGGGAGCCAAUGUCGACCUGAUGGUGUCACCGGAACAACUCGAAGGCUUCCAGGACCUCGUUAAGGAGAAUGGCUUGGAGUACGAAGAGUACGUUCAGGAUGUGCAGACCCUGAUCGACCAGGAGAACCCGAGGGACUCCGCGAACCGAGUUUCCGGAGAGCUCGGCUGGACCAGUUAUCACACCCUGGGAGAGAUCUACGACUGGCUGGAGUUCCUGGGGAAAACUUAUCCUGAUAAGGUCACCGUCGUCAAGGGAGGAUCUACCUACGAGGGCCGAGAGAUCAAGGGUGUCCGCGUGUCCUUUAAGGAGAAUAAUCCCGGGGUUUUCAUCGAGGGUGGGAUUCACGCCAGGGAAUGGAUCACCCCGGCCACCGUCACGUACUUCCUGAACGAGCUCCUGACCAGCAAGGACCCUGAAGUCAGGGAACUGGCCGAAAGACACGACUGGUACAUCUUCCCAGUGUUCAAUCCCGAUGGCUACAUCUUCACGCACACCGGGGACCGACUUUGGAGGAAAACCCGCAGGCCGUACGGCAGAAUCUGCAAGGGAGUCGACGCUAACCGAAACUGGGAUUACAAGUGGAUGAUGGGUGGUGCCAGCUCCGCAGCUUGUUCCGAGACUUUUGCUGGCAGCAGCGCCUUCUCCGAGGUCGAAACGCAAACCUUGUCGGAGUACAUCGGCUCGAUCGGCGACAAGUUCUACGCAUACAUAGCAUUCCACAGCUACUCGCAGUUGCUGCUCUUCCCUUACGGCCACACCAAGCAGCAUCUCGACAACUACGACGAGCUGUAUGAGAUCGGUACCAAGACAAUCCAGGCUCUCUCCAAGAGGUACGGCACCAGAUACGUCACCGGGAACAUCGCCGAGACCAUUUAUAUCGCUUCUGGGUGCUCGAUGGACUGGGUGAAAGGAACGCUGCGUACUCCUAUCACGUUCACCUACGAGUUGCGCGAUAAGGGCAGAUACGGAUUCCUGCUGCCCGCCAACCAGAUCAUCCCUACAGGCCAGGAGGUGGUGGACUCCCUCGUCGCCCUUUUCCGAGAGGCCAAAGCCAAGGGAUACCCCAAGACUGCUGGGAACUGAGAAUCCAUUCCUUGACCAAGAGGCUUA